AAGGGAUUACAUUUGACAUCACGAUUUAAAUACAUUUAUAUAAAAAGGGCAUUCAAUACAAAAUGAAUCUCAUUGUAUGUUUAGUGUGACUCGUGAUGGACAACAACAUAGAGGAACCAAUAGUUGAUUUCAUGAAAGUCGAGUGGCAGAGGGGUAGGACUCCCUCAGACAUUAAGGACAUAUGUUUACAAUUAUGUUCCGAUUAUUUGGGAGGCGUUUGGCCUCAAGUGUCCAUCGAUGACAUCCAAGUGAAACGAUUGAGCGGUGGUCUCACGAAUCAGUUAUACUAUUGUGCUCUCAAUGAAGACCUGAGGAAUAGUGAUACGACUGAACCACAAGAAGUUGUCCUCCGAUUAUAUGAAGCAAAACAUUUCAAUAAUAUGGAUAAUGAGGGCAAUGAGAGACUUAGUGAUACCAUAAUUUCAGUUUUAGUCUCUGAAUAUAAUUUGGGGCCAAAAAUAUACGGACUCUUCGAAAGCGGACAGAUUUUGAAAUAUUAUAAACAUAAGCCCUUUAGAUCUGACGAACAAAAUGACGCCAAACUGGUCGACGAAUUGGGCAAAAGGUUAGCACAGAUACACGCCAUGGAUGUGCCCAUCAAGAAGAAGUGCAUCUCUCUUUUAGACACAUUCGGCAGCUUUUAUAAGGAGGCAAACAAUUCAUAUGAUUUGCAAACAUUGUAUGAGGAAUGCAAUUGUCAAUCAUUGAUGACAUAUGACUUGAAGGGAGAGUUAGAGUGGCUUCAGAAGACAAUCAAAGACAUUGACUCUCCGGUGAUGUUCACUCACGUCGACUUCAGAGGCAACAACAUUAUGGUCACAGAAUCGGAUGGUUUAGUGAUC